CAUAACUAAAUAGGAACCCUUAAAUUUGGUUGAAGUUUCAGGGGGAUUUUUUUUCGAGUAACACAGGAUAGAGCUGUCAAAUUUGAUAUGUGGAUAGCUAGCUUUUAAAUUGUUCUAAUCCUGUUGUUUCAGACCUCCAAUCGGUGUCCUCAUCUCGAUGUGAUGUCGGAUAAACGUCAGCGUGCAAGGGUCCAGGGCUCUUGGGCCAAACCACUGCCCAAACAACCACGUCCAACAGGAGCAAUUCCCAAUUCCAGCACUGUUGUGAUACCAAGUGCCAAUCCACCACCUGCUGGUUGGGGAGUGGGACAGCGGAUGUUUGAGUAUCAACAGCCCGCUAAGCCAGUCAGAGAUGUCCCUACGGAGAAGGUGAUGGAAAUGGGGGGUGAUUAUGAGAUCAGCCAUGGUCCAUCAGGAGUGUCAAGACUGAGGCUGAUCCAUGGGUUCCUACCACCAGAAGAGGCUGACUGGGCCUUCAGUAAACUGCUAGCAGAGCUGCCUUGGUCUCAAAAGACUAACUACAGACAAGGUGAGGCCUACGAGGAGCCCAGGUUAACCUGCUGGUAUGGGGAACUCCCUUACACGUACGCCCACUCUACUCUGGAGGCCAACGCACAGUGGCACCCGCUGCUGGUCACCCUGCGCUGCGCCGUAGAGAAGGCGAGUGGCCACCGUUUCAACUCGCUGAUGUGUAACCUGUAUAGGAACUGCAAAGACAGCAUCGGCUGGCACAGUGACGACGAGGCCGCGCUGGGCACCCGGCCCACCAUCGCCUCCCUCAGCCUGGGAGACAUGAGGGUGUUCAGCCUCCGCAAGCAGCCUGCACCGGAGGAGGACGGGGAUUACACUUAUGUGGAGAGGCUGCGGAUCCCUCUAACUCACGGCACUCUCCUGAUGAUGGAAGGAGCCACUCAGGAUGACUGGCAGCAUUCAGUGGCCAAAGAGUACCACGACCGAGGGCCUCGCAUCAACCUGACCUUCCGCACCAUGUACCCAGAGCAUGAGGGGCCGAGACCAAGAGCCAGACUACCACCCCAACACUAAACACACUGUCCUUCACAAACACCUUCACACUCUGGGUGGGACUGCUAUAAAGAGUAGAAAUGGGAGAUUGUGUGGAGGGGGAGGACAUGACCUCGGCCCUUGAUGGACAUCGUUAAAUACACUUUAUGGGAUAGUGAGGAAGACGAGUGUUGACAUCAGGAGAAAAUACAAGCUUAAAACCACCUGACAAGAUUUGUAAGGAGUUGUCAACGUUUACAGUUAUGCUCACUAAAUAUGUGGAGAGCAAUGUUAUUGUUUCAUUGCAUCACACGGUAGAUUUUGCCUUAAAUAUAUAUCCCAGAACGGAUUAGUUUGACACCUAUAGUUUCUGUGGACUGGAAUCACAGGGGUCAAGUUCUCUGAAGGCCUUAUGAAGUUAAAAAUAUAUGUUUGAGUAAUUUGUGCACAUUUAUUUAUUUGAGAAGACUAAUCAGGAAAAGGAAAAGAUGGAUGAGUUUUGGCUUUCUACCUGGUUGCCUUUUAUUUCAUAUUUCUUUGGGGUCACGUUUUGCUUUUGUUUAAUUAGGUAUUCUAUUUACAAUUACAAGUCAUAAUUUAAUACCCCUUGGUUUGUAGCCUUUCGAGAGAAUAUCCCAGCUAUAUAAAAUGUGAAAGCACAACUACAGUGGCCAAGUUGACUAAAUUAUAGCCCCGUUUUAUUUUGUAACGCUAAAGGAUGAAGUUGUUGUGUUGAAUGUUUGGUAAAUUAAAAACGGAGCGAGAGAAUCAUA